AUGGGGAACUCACCGCCUACCAAAACUGCACUGACGAUGGUGUGGGGUCUGUUCUACUGUCUGUCAGGUGGAUGGUUGGAGACCGAUCCUACAUGGGUGAGUCCGGACGUUUGGCAGGAUCCGGAUCCGGAUGUCCAGGGUGUCCGGUACGUUUCCGGUUACGUCUUGGACUCAAAUCUACAGACCGGCUGGCGACGUGCAGACGAGGAGGGCAGCUGGGAACUCAUCUUCGAUCUCCAGGCGCCCACGUCGCUGUCCCGGAUCCGCCUGUGGCACGUCAACGACUUUGUCGUGACCGUCCGGUCUUCCACGUCGUCGGGACGUCGGUGGAGCGUCGUAAAGGAGUCUGCCGAAGUGAGAAAAGACGUUGACGAUCUGAGUGGCUUCCUCGUCACCGCGCAGCACUGGCGCCUGGACUUCACUCCUAUGAGAGAAGGGCGGACGAGCGAGAUCUACGAGAUCAAGUUUUUCCAAGCUUGUUCCGGAGUGGAGCAGACGGCGUGCUCGGACGGUGACUGUGACGUGUAUGAGGUGGUGUGUGACGGGAUUCCGGACUGUGAGGAUGGGAGCGAUGAACGCAACUGUGAUACGGAAUCCGAAAUGUGUGCUAACGGUUUCAUCAUCAACAAGACACAAGUAUGCGACGGCAGAGACGACUGCGGAGACCUCACAGACGAGAGACACUGCUGUGACCGACAAGGCAACGCAAGCUGCAGCAAUGGAGCGACUUCUGUCUGUGCAAACGGCGGCCAGGUCCUGCCGGCUGCUGUAUGUGACGGGAGAGACGACUGUGGGGACGGCAGCGAUGAGCGGAACUGUGACUGUUACUACCUUCGGGACAGAGGCGUCAGCUACAGAGGCCCGGCCAACCGGCACAUGACCUGCCAGUUCUGGGCAUCUCAGUACCCGCACGCCCAUAACCACACUCCCGAGGCCUACCCGUCAGCAGGACUGGAGCGGAACUACUGUAGGAACCCGGACGGGAGGGACAGACCGUGGUGCUACACCAACAACCCGCUCAUCAGGGCAGGAGACCGGCUGUGUCAGAGGUGGAACUCCCAGUUCCCCCACAGCCAUCCCCACACGCCGCAGGCUCAUCCUGAUGCGGGGCUGGAGGAAAACUUCUGCCGUAACCCUGACAACAAGGAGCGGCCCUGGUGCUACACCACGGACGGGGACUGGAGGUGGGACUACUGCGACGUGAUGGAAUGUGCCGAUCCCACGUCGAGAGAAGGCCAAGUGCGAUGCGGAACCACCUACACCUCCUGCUCGGGCUGGGUCGGGACCAGGUGCGGAUCCUGGCGGUCAGACAGGUCCUCCUGUCAGUGCGACCGGGACUGUAGUCUGUACGAGGACUGCUGCCAGGACAUGGGCGAAGUGUGCCCCGGCCUGGUUCCAACGCCGUCUGACCGUCACCACUACAAAUGGCAGUGCCUCCCCGGCUACUACGGGCAGUCCGCCUACUGGCUGGUCGCCGACUGCCCCGACGACUGGCCAGACGACAUCACCAGACAACAGUGUUUAAAACCGGCGGAUCCCUACAACCCGAGUGACCUGAUCUACCGCAUGCCUGUGGAGGAUAAUUCAACGCGCGUCCACUACAGAAACAUCUUCUGCGCCUCCUACACAUGCCGGCGCUUGUCAUCCGAAAGGCACGGCGGUUCACCGAACGGAACUACCUCUAAGUUCCAGAACUGCAGCAGAUCCGUUUGGACGUUCACGGCCGGAGAGUUCGAUGUCCUCCCCAACGGCAGCGUCCUCCUGUCGAGUUCUGGCGUGUCCUGUCCGGCCGAGCAGGUCGCCAUCGUAAACACAACAGCCUCGAUCUGCGGCGACUGCCUCCUGGAGUAUUUCUCGAACGACACGAAGGGCGGUGAGACCAUCAGUAGUUGGGAGGUCGACCAGGGGUACCUAACCCUGGGUCUUGUGUCAGCGUCUACUGUAGCCGUGGUUGCGUUCGUGGUGCACACUGUCAGGUCCGAGCAGUGGAAAAACCUGUCGUCAAAGCUGAAAGUACAGAUGAUGUCGUGUCUAGCUGUAGCCGAAACCCUUUUCGUACUGCGUGUGUUGGUCCCUCACGGGCUGGCCUGUACCGCAUUUGCGAUUCUGCUGCACUACCUUCUCCUGACGGCCUGUACGUCCAUGAACGCGCUUUCUUACGAUUUGUUCCUGACGUUUCGCGAGGGAGCCGCAAGAGCAAAACUGUACAAGUACGUCUUGUACACCUGGCUGGCGCCGGUACCCGUAGUCGUUGUCACGGUGUUCGUGGAAUUCUUUCCCGCCAUUUCUGUGCGCGUGGGCUACGGGGAGAAGUGUUGGAUCGGUGAUCCGAUAGCCAGCUUGGUGGCUUUUGGGGCUCCCGUCUUCUGCGCGCUUCUGGUCAACGCCGUCUUGACCAUCCUCGUGUUGCUGUCCAUACGGAAGUCGUUCCAGAUAGCCGACGCCGCCCUGUCGCGCUCAGGGAGCAGCAAGGCCUGGGUCUACCUGCGCAUCUCAUUUCUGAUGGGGUUUACCUGGAUUCUCGGGUUCGUCUAUCCUUACAUCGACAACAGAGCUCCCGAGUACAUCUUCAUCGUGCUGAAUGCCUCGUACGGCCUGCUGCUGACACUGCUGAUGACCCUGACGUCGGAGGUGGUGCAGAAAAUCAUGGACGGGUUCAGGGAACGGUUUCAUCUGGGGGAACAUGCUCAGGGCAAUGGGCGUGCGGCAACAACCAAUACCCGACAAACUACCGCACGUGGAACAGAGGCCAUGUCAGAUGGAGCAGGGGCAACAGCAGUAGCUGGAAAGGACGCUGUAGGUGUGCAACAGACCACAGUUCGUGUACCUGGGGCAAGGGCAGGUGGAACAGACACUAAAACACACACGGCAGACCACCACAGGUGGAACUGGGGAAAAGGCAGGUGGAACCGACACUGUAAGUACCCAGCAGAUUUCCGCAAGUGGAGCUGGAAUGGUAGGUGA